ACACGGGACAGGAAGAGGCGCAGAAGAAAAAAAAAAAAACAAGAUGGCAACUGGUUCAGAUCACGGGCUGCAAAGAAUAGUUUGGAAAAAAUUAAAAGAAACAAUAGUUGCAGACUGCAGAAAAUCUGAAGUAUGGAAGAUAUUGAUUCUGGAUUCCUUCACCACCAAGCUUCUCUCAUCAUGCUGCAAAAUGUCAGAUCUUCUGGCAGAGAAAAUAACAAUUGUGGAGGAUCUGUUCAAAACCAGAGAGCCUGUUCAAGAGAUGAAGGCCAUCUACUUCAUGUCACCAACCACUAAGUGUGUGGAUGCCUUUAUCGCUGACUUCAAGACUAAGCCCAAAUAUAAAUCAGCAUAUGUUUAUUUCACUGACUACUGUCCUGAUGAUCUCUUCAACAACAUGAAGCUGUACUGUGCAAAGUACAUACGAGUCUGUAAGGAAAUAAACAUGGCCUUCAUGCCACAAGAGGCACAAGUGUUCACAUGUGAUAAUCCAGGGGCUUUCCGGAGCAUCUACAGUCCCAAGAGUCAGGACAAAAAGAAGACACUGGAAACGAUUGCAGACCAGCUAGUCACACUCUGCGCCACAUUGGACGAGUACCCAGGGGUCAGAUACAAGAAAGACAGCAACAUGGAGAAUGCCAAGACCCUGGCAGAGCUGGUGGACACCAAGCUGGCCAGCCACUACGAAAUGGAUGACAGCAGCAAGAAAAAGGGAAAGACCCAGGCUCAGCUGCUGAUUGUGGAGCGAGGCUUUGACCCUGUCAGCCCCAUCCUGCAUGAGCUGACCUACCAGGCCAUGGCUUACGAUCUUAUUGACAUCCAGGACAACAUCUACAAGUACAAGGGUAAAGAUGGUUCUGAGAAGCAAGCCCUACUGAAUGAGGAGGACAUGCUCUGGGUCGAGCUGAGGCACAAGCACAUUGCAGACGUCUCCGGAGAAAUCCCCAAGAUGGUAAAGGAAAUAUCAGCCAGUAAGAAGCAGCCGGAUGGGAAGAUCACAAUAAGCAAUUUGGCCCAAAUGAUGAAGAAGAUGCCCUCUUUCCGUAAACAGCUGACUGAGAAAACUAUCCAUCUGCAGCUGGCAGAGGACUGUAUGAAACAUUACUCAAACAACGUGGAGAAACUCUGCAAAGCAGAACAGGACCUUGCUGUUGGUGCAGAUGUGGAAGGCGUUAAGGUGAGGGAUCCUAUGAGGACCCUGCUGCCUGUGCUGCUCCACCCGUACAACACCCACGACAAGAUUCGAGCUGUGCUGCUCUACAUCUUCAGCCUCAGUGGAACAACGGAUGAGAACUUGAGCAAACUCAUCCAGCAUGUGAAGAUCGAGGAUGAACAAGAGUUCAUCCUGAACUGGAAGGAACUUGGAGUUCCUAUCAUCACAUCGCCCAGUUUCUUUUCUCGAAAACCGACCAGGAGGGAUCGUUCCCAUGAAGAGAAGUACAACCUCUCCAGAUGGACUCCUGUUAUAAAAGAUGUGAUGGAGGAUGCCGUGGAGAACAAACUGGACACCAGAGAGUGGCCGCACCAGUCUGAGUGUCCUGCUGCCUGGAACGGCUCAGGAGCAGUCAGUGCCCGUCAGAAGCACAAAGGCAGUGCUCAGGAUGAUCGCCGGACAGGCUCACGCCUCAUCAUCUUUAUUCUGGGAGGAAUGUGUUACUCUGAGAUGCGCUGUGCCUACGAGGUCACCCAGGCUGUAAAAUCCUGCGAGGUUAUCAUAGGGUCUACUCACAUUUUGACCCCCACCAGUCUCCUGGAGGACAUCAAGGCACUGAGCAAAGGACCCAUGGAGACUUUUACGAUCGAGGAAAGAAGCACUGCCUGAGAUGUCAGUUUCCCUUGGCCUUCUACAGCUCUCAUCCUUCAGCACAAUGCACUCAUCUCAACUUCCUCAAAGGAAGCCUGAAGGGAAUUUUACCUUACACUCUUCUUUAAUACUUCAUACAUACUAUUUUUUCAACCAGGUGCACAUUUCUAACAGGCAUGAGGGCAUACUUUCUUCUUAUUUGGUCAUUUGAGAAAGUUUCUUUUUGCAGAAAGAAGAAUAGCUUAGAAUAAAGUAGAUCAAAUGAGAAGUGAAUGUACCACAUCCCAUUAUGAGCAAUUUAAGUACAAAUUUUCUAAUCUGCAUGUUUGUGGCUGCAUUUGUCCAUUAAUGUAAUAACUGGUUGUAUUACCCUUUAAAAUGACCUCUGAACCUUUGACAGACUCAGAGUUGGAGGAAAGCGGUUAAAACUUAAUGUAUAUAUUGUAUGUAAGCACUGAGGCCUUGCUGUGUUAUUCUAUGUUGUCACUACUGUUUAUAAGCAAUAUAAUUUUAAAGAGUGUUUCUAACAAAGAGUAUUUACCUUUCUCUUGAAUUGAACAACUGACUAAUAAAUGGAUGAAGUGGUUCAAA